AAAAAGAAAUAAGUACUUUUUAUUGAUAAGAAAAUGAAAGAAAAAUAUGUAGAAGAAAGAAAAAACCACUCUAACAAUAUCUAUACGUUUGCUAAACUUCAUCAAAUCCAAAAUUUCCAGCUCCACCAUCAAACGGCAGUAUCCACCGCAGCGCCGCCGUCCUCCUCCGUCAACGACGGCGCCACCAUCGAAGUCAUCCGCCGUCCACGUGGCCGUCCACCCGGCUCGAAAAACAAAUCCAAACCCAAACCCGAACCCAAUUUCUUCACAGCAGCACGUGAUGGUCACGUGGGAAAACCCACUAUGAGUCCUUACAUCCUCGAAAUUCCAAUUGGAAUUGAUAUUAUCGAUUCGAUCUAUCGAUUUUGCGGGAAUCAAAAUAUGGGUCUAUGUAUUCUUAACGGGUCGGGUACAGUUACUAAUGUUACACUUAAACAGCCUUCAAUUAACCCGGCUGAUUCUACAAUUACCUUCCAUGGAAGCUUCAAUAUUCUUUCGAUUUCAGCUACAAUUAUACCAAGUGAUUUUUCUCGGGUCUCAAAUGGAUUCAGUAUUUCAUUAGCCGGGCCACAAGGUCAGGUUGUUGGUGGGCCGGUAAUUGGGCCACUUUUAGCUGCUGGGCCGGUAUAUUUAAUUGCUACUACGUUUAAUAAUCCUUUUUAUUACAAGUUUCCGGCGGAGGACGACGGCGACGGCGGUCAGUCCCCGGUUUCCGGCGCCGGAGAUAGUGGGCAGCCACCGGAAUCAACUCAUCAUGAGUAUUGUUAUAGUUCUAAUCAGUUGCCAUCGGAUGUGAUAUGGGCACCUACCGCUAGACAAUUACCACCUUACUAAAGUCGUAUUCAGAAUGUGAAGUUUACAAAUUUAGAUUUAAAAUUUAUCUUGUGUCUUGGUGAGUUUAGAAUAUAUAUUUUAUGUUUAUUUAGGAAAAAUAUAUUGAGUUUGAAUCAAAGUUACAUUUAGUAUUGUGAAAAAAGAAAUUGAAAUAUUAGUUGUCUCCGUUUGAUUAAUGUAACUAGCUUUGACAGUUUAUUGA